UGGGGAACUAGUUAGUGCACGGCAGCGGCGGAGAUGCAAUCCACAACGACGACGACCACGAUGACACGACGCCUUGGCCUGCUCGGGCUGCUGGUGGUGCUGGGACUGAUCGCUGUCCAGGGCAAGCCCCAUGGCUGGAGCAGCGGCGGCGGAGGAGGCGGUUGGUCCUCUGGCGGAGGAGGAGGUUGGUCCGGAGGCGGCGGUGGCGGCAGCAAGGUCAUCAUCAGUGCCUGGCCUUCAUCGGGCGGUGGAGGUGGCGGCUGGAAGAGUGGCGGCGGUGGAGGAGGCUGGAAGAGCGGCGGUGGAAGCGGCGGCUGGUCCUCUGGAGGUGGAGGCAGUGGCUGGAAGAGCGGCGGUGGAAGCGGUGGCUGGUCCUCUGGAGGUUGGCCUAGUUCCGGCGGCAGUUCCGGCUGGAAAUCUGGCUCUGGCGGCGGUUCCGGCUGGUCCAGCGCCUUGUCCAGCCUCUCGGGCUGGAAGUCCCAGGCUCUGUCCAGCUUGAGCGGCGGUGGUGGAGGUGGCUGGUCCUCCGGAGGAGGCGGCGGCGGCUGGUCCUUGGGUGGCAGCGGCGGUGGCUGGAAGAGUGGUGGCGGCGGCGGAGGCGGCUGGAAGAGUGGUGGCUCUGGAUGGUCAUCGGGCGGCAGCUCCUCCUCGGCCUGGCCCAGCAAGAUUAGCAGCGGUUGGUCCUCUGGCGGUGGUGGCGGCGGCGGCUGGAAAAGCGGCGGAGGAGGCGGUGGCUGGUCGUCCUGGUAAAGCUUGGACACCAGGACACUUGGACCACAUCUGGCAAAAAACUGGCAACGAGGCGACACUAGAUCCCACUACUCAGCUUGUAUAUAACAUUUCUCUGCCCUAAUUUUAACCAAUCCUCUUUUUUUUUUCUUUGUUGUAUGUCCCAGAAAUAUAUAUGUGAAUAAAUCUUACGAGAACGUAA